AUGCCUACACCACUUCCUUCGAGUUUUGCUUCGGCCGCCGCUGGCAACACCCAGGAUGCCAGUCGGAGAGGGGAUGGAAGCACUGGUGGAGAAUGGUCGCGAUCCCGCAUGAACGGAGCUACGCAGACCUUCCGGCGCCCCUCGGUGGCUACUAACCCUUCGCACACUCGCGACAGUAGCCAACUUGCUUCCGCCUCGACACCUACUGCCUCCGGGGCCUAUGUCCCUCCUCACCUGAGCUCAAAUACCUUGUCUAGUGCGCUGCGCAACGGCGAUGCCAGAUACUCCAAGGAGCAACUCCUAGAACUGUAUAAGGCGCAACGGGAGACUGGCUCCUUGAGCAAGCAUGUGGAGGACUACUUUGUGGCUGACUGGGACCCUCACACUGUCUCAACUCCCGCGAAUGGGGCGUGGGGGAAGCGGGAUGACCACAAGACCUCCGCAGGCCCUGAGGUGUGUUGGGAUCAUGGCGGCCAGGCCGAGCCCUUGGGUCUGACUGAUAUGUCCGAUGGUGAAAAAGAGUUGUUCUCCGCCUCGGUCAAUUCCCCUCUCAAGCCGCCACCCACAAAUGCAGCAAAGGAGAAUGCAGGUACAGGUACUGCAGGUCGCAAGUCGUCGAUCUCCUACACUCAGGGCCAUAUCAAUAACUACAACACCUCUUCCCCUAACGCUGCCCGCCCGGGCGCCCGCCGCCGUGAGACUGGGGACUCUGUGGGCAAUCCCAUGUCACCCACUGGAACCAACACUCGUUUCUUCCGCGACGAAGCAAAUACCUCUACUCCUCCUCCGGCUCUUCUCCGUCGCAAGACCGAUUUCCGCGAACCGAAUGCCAAGGAUGACAAGCCAAAGGAAGGUGCCGUCGAAGCCGCCUCUCCCUUUGGUAGUCUGAAGCGCAGCUCCACCAACCCUUUGAACACGGCCAUCGGUGGACCUAGCUCGCCCUGGGGCUCUGCAUCGGCUUCACACAAUGCCAACUUCUCCCCGAUGGGUGCCUUUGGUGCCUUCUCGCUGGGCUCGAACACCGCGCAGACUCCCACCACGGAGAAGAAAGCUGGGUUUGGUAGCCUUCGUGGAGAGAGCAGGUUCAAGGACCUACUCUCCAAGGAGGGUGCGGAGGAUAUGGCAGGUUCUGCAAAGGACAAGUCCAUGGGCAACCUCGAGCGACUCGCCGAAGAAGAUAGCGACAAGCGCUCGCAGUCACCCUGGGGCGACGCCGUCAAAACCCGCGCCAGCCGAAGCGAGACCAAUCCGUUUGACGAGCCUCGCAGUGGCAGCGCUGCUCUUGGCGGAUCCCAAGACGUGGAAGCUCCGUCUCAGGCUGAUCUUGGAUUCGGCGCCUUUGGCAUGACCUCGAGCAUUCCUGGUUUCCGUGAGUUGAUGCAGAGUCAAGAGAAUUCCCGGAACCCGACCCCUAGCCUGCUCCAGGGACAUGAGCCUACCAGCCCGACCAACACCAACCCUUACCAAAGUCCCCACGGCGAUCGGACUGUGGCAGAUGCGGAGGAUGUCGACACCGAUGGCUCGGAUAUCCAGCACCCGCAGCACCCUGGCCUUAGUGGUCUGCGUGAUCCCUCUAACCCAUUCGGAUCGAUGAGACGGGUUGGUUCGGGCAUGGAUCUUCCCGCCAUUGACCGCAGCCAAAACUCCAGCGUCAAUGCGAACCGAAACUUCUCUGGCCUCGGUGGCCUGGGCGGUCUUUCGGGUCUCGGUGGCCCGUCUGGAUGGCCGUCUAGCGAUGCCCUCGGCACACCAACCCGUGAACGCUCAGCGUUCGCAGGUGGUUUCGGCGAUCCUAUCUUUGGCUCAAUGGGCGGGUUGCAGUCCCCUAGUCUGGCCACGCUUGGAGGUGGUGGUCUCUUCAGCCCGCACGCCGGCCUCUCGGGCACCGCUAGCAUCGGUCGCUCGAGCAAGCUCGGCGCACUCUUCUCUGGAAUGGCAGAGGAGCAAGGCCGUUCAGACUCCGUAGGGUUGGAUCAGGGUGAUGCUCAGCAGGCCGAGAGGGCUGGACAAGCAAGCAAGCCUGGCUCGAACUCUGCUUCCCAGACCCCUGUCUCUGCCGUCGGCUCUAUCCCUGCUAACUUCACCCACGACCCAACUCAGGCCCCUACUCCUGGUGGCUCUAUCUCUGCUGCUCAACAACGAACCAUGGUCAUGCCGGAUCGGAUGCGCUGGAUCUACCGCGAUCCACAGGGUAACAUCCAAGGCCCGUGGACUGGUCUAGAGAUGCACGACUGGUUCAAGGCUGGAUUCUUCAGCCCCGACUUGCAAAUCAAGAAACUGGAGGAUGGAGAGUUUGAGCCACUGGCUCAGCUGGUUCGUCGUAUUGGCAAUUCGCGCGAGCCCUUCCUUGUGCCCCAAAUCGGCAUCCCUCAUGGCCCCGAGCCUGCCCCCGGCCAGUGGCAGAACACCAACCAGGGCUCGGCUCAGCCUCCGUUCCCCGGCAGCUUCCCCAGCUUUGGUACCACCCUGACCGCCGAGCAGCAAAAUGCGCUCGAGCGGCGGAAGCAGGAGGAGCAGUAUCUGAUGGCCCGCCAGAAAGAACAUCUUGCUCAGCAGCAGGCUAUCAUGAAGCAGAUGCAGGUUCCUGGCGCUCCUCCUUCUCUUCAGCCUCAGCUUCAGCACCAAUCCAGUGCUCAUAGUCUGCACAGCCAGCCUAGCUUCGGAAGCAUCACCUCUCCCGCUGCCUACCAGCCUUCUCCGAUCCAAGCUCCUAUCCAAGGACAGCAGCAAUCUCAGGGUAUGCCCGGUUUCUUCGAUGCUGCCCCCUCCCUUCGACAGGGCGGACUGCCCAAUGUCCUCCCAGGAAUGCUUGGAACCGAGCUUGGUGGCCAAGAUCAACUACCUGCACUUCUUGAGCGUUUGAAUGUCGGUCGUCAGGAUCCAUUUGCAUUCGGCGCCGCUGGCUCAUUCUCUGCACGCCAGCCGGACAGCUUCCUCCACUCCCAGCAGGUGGCAUCUAUGCUCCAGGAUCGCGCUCAACUGCAGCAGGAGCAGGAGGAGUUCGACAAGGCCAACGCCAAUGAUCCCUUUGACCAGGAGGCUCGUGAGGAGCGCCUGCGCCAAUUCCAUGCCCUGAGGGCUCAGGAGGGAGAGCUUGGUAUGCGCACCGCUGAAGGACUCCCUACGCACCCUGCUGCUGCUCUGGAACACGAGGUGGAGUCCUUGGCAACUGAAGUUGUCGAUGAAGAAGAGCCCGUCGCUUCGGAGCCCGCUCUUACCCUGUCUCAACAGGUUCACAAGGCUGCUUCUGCUCAGCGUCAACAGCAGCAGCAGCAGGAACAGGAGCAGGAGCAACAGAACCAGGCUGUCCCCGAAUCUGCCUGGGGCUCCAAGAUUGAUCAUGCUAUGCCUCAGCCCUUCCCUCCACCUCCUUCCGCCUCUCCUCUGCCUGCCCCUGCUGCUCAACGCAACCGCCAGAACGUGGCCGAGUCUUUGGCUGCUGGCUCUCGCUCCCAGACUCAAACUCCUGUUGAUGCUGCCCCCACUUCCCUUGCGCCAUGGGCCAAGGAUACUCACGAGGUGCCUAAGGGUCCUUCUUUGAAGGAGAUCCAGGAGGCAGAGGCCCGCACUGCUGCCCAGCGGGAAGAGGUUGCUGCGGCCGCUCGUCGUGCCCAGCUCCUUGCCGAGCAGGAGCGUCUCAGCCAGGCUCAAGCCCAAGUCGUUCCCGGCCUUCCCUCGUCGGCCAACUGGGCCAGUGCUGGAUCACCCGCUACUCCCUCCUCCGCCGGUUCUCCCUGGAACACCAAGAGCCAGCCCGUCCAGACCAACACCGCGACCAAGAAGACUCUUGCCCAGAUUCAGAAGGAAGAGGAGGCUCGUAAGCAGCGUUUGGCUUCUGCCGCUGCCGCUGCCGCUCAGACGGCCACUCCCAGCCCUCCCGCUUCUGUCGCUAAGCGUUAUGCCGACCUUGCUAGCAAGGCCCCGGCCCCUGCCGCUUCUGCUACCGUUGCUGCUACUACUUCUGGUGCUUGGACCACCGUUGGUGCCGGUGGCAAGGCUAAGGCUCCUCCCGCCGCGCCUCUCGGCCCUCGCUCUACCAGCGGAACCGUCCCUAUUGCUCCCACCAUCGCCAAGCCCCGUCCCGUCGUUGCUACUCGCACGACCGUUGGUAGCGUACCGCAGUCCAACCCUAACCGGGCCGUCGAGGAGUUCACCAAAUGGGCGAAGCUGGCCCUUGGUAAGGGUUUGAACAGCAACAUCAAUGUUGAUGACUUUGUUCAGCAGCUUCUCUUCCUCCCUGCCGAAGCCGAGAUCAUCUCCGAUUCCGUCUACGCCAACUCCCAGACUCUAGACGGCCGUCGCUUCGCGGAUGAGUUCAUUCGCCGUCGUAAGCUUGCCGACAAGGGCGUUGUCGACCCGGUCUCUCCCAGCGCUUUCGCUGAGCAGAAGAGCGGUGGUGGCUGGUCUGAGGUUGCCAAGAAGGGCUCUGCUGCCAGCACCGUCGCCUCUCAGCAGCGAGAGGAGGAAGCCAGCAACGCCGCGUUCAAGGUGGUUGCUCCCCGCAAGAAGGGCAAGCGGUAA